AUGCCCUGCCCAGACAUGUCUGGGCACAAACGACUCAAGGCCAAGUACGAGGAUGACCUCAAGGCCACAAUACAAGAGCUCUCUGAGCUCAAUCAAGAGACAAUGCAUAGCUUCGAUAUGGAGAAGGGGGACAAGGAGAUCAUCUGCACGAAUAAGAUUAACAACCUUACUGCUAAGAUCGCUCAGCUGGAUGAGCAGCUGGCGAGCCUUGAUGAGCAGAUUCAGCGUUGGAAAGAAGAAAACAAACCCCGUCCCCAGAGCGAGCUUGCGGAAUGUAAAGCACGAAGUGAAGCGCAUAUACGCGCUAAGUUGGCCAGGAUCCAAUGA